UUAACAUAAUCCAUUGAUGCGCAUGAGCCCUGCGCAGGUGCCCGCCGACAAAGAAGACCCUGGACCAAUCGAUAUCGAGUCAGAACACAAGCGAGAAGAGAAAAUGGCCACAACUCAUUGAACCCGCAGUUGCAAAUUACUCUAUAAAUUACUAACUUGAACAAAAUUGCACUUCUUAACGCAUAAUAUUUAAAGCAUCAAAGAUGAAUCAAUACCAGAAGGUUUAUAUGAACCAGAUACAUUCCAGUUCUUUACUGGGACAGUUAGCACAGAUGUGGAAAAGUCAGAUGUUAUGUGAUGCACUGAUUAGGACAGGAAAUGUCACCACAAAGGCCCACAGAGUCGUGUUGGUAGCUGCCUGUCCUAUGUUACAGUCCAUGGACAAUGCUUCAGUCGGUUCACAUCUAGAAGUACGCUUGGCAGCAGAUAUUAAACAAGAGGCUGUCAAUUCAUUCUUACAGUACUUAUAUGAAGGAUUUAUGAUGUUAAGUGAAGAAAAUUGUAAAGACGUUGAAAAAGUAGCUAGACUUUUGCAAGUGGACAGUGUUACAAAGUGCUGUAUAGACUUUUAUAAUUGUCUUCAAAAGAAAACAGGUGUGCCUGUAUAUUCCAACACACAAUAUAAAUACUCAUCAGCUGAUCUCUUGGAAUUCCGUCAUGUUAGAACAACAGACCUUCAGAAGACACUACAAGAAAGAAUGAUGAAACGAGCAGCUGCUGAUUCAGUGAGACCAACAAGUCCAAGUGGCAAACGCCAAAGAAUGCAACAACAAAGACCACCAAGUCCCAACAUUGAUCUUGCCAUGUUUGGUCAGAAAGCUGAUGAUACGCUCAGCAUGACUCAUAGCUACAUGGGCAAUACUGGCAAUCAGGCAGCAGCUGAACCAUGGGAAAGGGUACCUAGAAUUGGUGCAAUCCAUAGUCAGCGCCCAUCUCACCCAAAGCCAGGUGUAAUUGAGAUCGUGGAAGAUAGUCUGGAAAUCUUACAAACUCAGCCUCCAGACAAGGACGGCAAUAAGUCAGCUCCUCCUAUUAUUCAGAAGAGCUUAGCUAUUUCAGUAUCUAGUCAAGUCAAUUCAUCACAAGAUGUUCAUGUUGUAAAUGUGAACGACUCAUCAUCUCAUCCCACUGCUGCCGGUGACGGCCCCAUCAUGAGUACGGGUAGAGACUCUAUCACUGUCAGUCCAUUAACAGUCAUGCCAGGAACAUCAUCAUUAUCGUCAUCAUCAGCAUCAUCACCAUUAACCAAAGAUCCACACAAAUCCACUAUGGAUAAAGAUAUGUCAGACAAAAUACCAUAUGCCAAAAAAUUGCAGUCAUCAUUAGACCAUCAGUCCAGCACCCCUCAGAGAGGUCUGUUCCCUGUGUCUAUGUCACCAGCUAAUAUGUCUCCCAUCAAUCAAGUCAAGAAAUCAUUUGCCGCAGGAAGUGCUUCCCAAGCUGCCUCUAUGUCACAAUCACAUGAUUCACCCGCCAAAAGAACAUCAACCUCAGCAGGAAAUGAAAUGGAGAGGCCACAAUCUUCAGAUCAAGGCAAAGAUUUGGGGACAAAAAAUAAAGUGGAUGACAGGUCUGCAUCCAACAGUACAGAUAUGGCACCUGAUUUAAGUAUUGUAAAAGUAGAACCGACAGGUGAAGCUGGAUUAGACAUGUAUGUUGAUGUACCGGAAGAGAGUAUGAUGCAGGCACAACAAAGAGAACAAAGGGAACACGAUGAUGAAAGCGAUCUGGAAUUGGAAGAAGCCUCAGGCGAUUGGUCAAGGGAUGAAAUGUCAAAUGAAGCAGCUGGUGGCGACCAGAAUAACUCCUGGUAUAUAGGACAGUUCAAAGCUCCCAAACAGCCAGUUUUAAAAACAAAGCCUAUGCCUGCCUGUGCUAAAGCUAAGAAGUAUCCAGGUUGGAAAGAAGAACCGUCUGAAGACCCAAAUGAUCAAGAGAUAGAGUUUAUGCCAGGUCACAAAUUAGUUCACAUCACUGGCCAUAAACGAGCUUGCGCUUAUUGUAAUAUACUCCGUCUUAAGACAAAAUCGGGAUGGGCUAUAAAAUCUUACUAUAAAUGUGAGGCUUGCGAUGUAUGUCUUUGUAAAGGAAAGAAAGACUGUUUUGUAAGGUAUCAUGAAUUAAGAAUGGAACAACCAGAUUUGUCUCCCAAGAUGUUGCUGAAAACUUUAAAGGAAGCAACUGCUAGUCAAACACCAAAAAAACCUCGUAAAAGUGCCAAAGUAGAUGAACCAGGGGCUAAAACUGCAAUAUAUGAAGAAUUUACCUCAAUGAUGACACAGGCUAUUGCUGAUCAACUUCAGGCGUAUGGGGGAAUGUUGGACCCAGAUGACAAUGGUCAACAGAGUUUGAAUCGGAGUCGUGGAUCUGACCAGCAGUCACAUAUAACUGUCUCACCACAUAACACAAAUGGUCCCAGUCAACCUGAAACUGCAAAUGAAAAAAAUAGAAUUCACAUGGAACCUCUGAAAAAUGAACAAGGAAUCUUGCCAAAAACUACAGAUGAUAAACCCAACCCUAAUGAAGAACAAACUUACUCACCUAAUAACCAACAAGAAUACUUGUUGUAAUAUGUUGUUAUUGAAACAAAUUAAUGUGUUCAGCUAAAUCAUAGACAAAAAAGGGCAUUUCAUUGAAAACAUACUUAAAAAAGGAAUAGGUUUUAAAUGGCUCAGUCCUUGACGAAAGAUUUCCAUUUUUCUAUUUCUUAAAAUGUUAUUGCCACAAUGAUCAAAUAUUGACUGACAUAAUAAUUUAUGAAAUGCUCCAUGUUUUACAUAUUAUGUGCCAAGUAUAUUAUUUUUUAAUCUUCCAUAUUUAUUAUUUUGACAUGUUGUUUUGAUAAAUGAUACAGGUAAAUUCUGAAGGCAUUAUCACAAUUAUAAUUUAUUCAGUUUGUAUAUUUUCUACAUUUUCCCAUUUUAUGAUGAUAAAAAAAAAUAAGGACACUUUAAAGUUAUCUUCUCAUGCUUUUCUACCUUGCUUGUGACAACACUUAGUGUAAAAGUAAAGAUAGAACAGGUCUGAAAUAUUCGUUGUUGAUUUCAAAUUCUUGAAUAUGGUCAAAGUGAAAAAAAUAAUCAUGUUUUGAAAAAAUUACAACAGUUUAAAUUUAAAAACCAAAAAUAUUUGAGUAAUUUAAAAUGUAUUAAAAAAAAUUGAGAUAUUUUGCUUUAGUCUGGGAAGCACUUGUUUACCAAUGGGUAGUUAAUGCAUACAUGUGUACCAAGUACAAAAUGUGGGAUUUAAGAUUUAAAAUUUUAUUGACAAAGCUUGAAGAAAUAUAUUCAUUACUAUCUUCAAAUUUCAAUAACAAGGUUUUGUUUAUGUUUCUUUUCUUAUAUAAUAAUAUUUAAUUGUAUAACUUGCAUGUGUUUUGUGUAUUCACUAUACUUUAAAAAGGUGUUAAUAAUUAUCAUGACUAAUGAUGCAUGAAAAUGUAUUGGAAAUCCCUCUUUCCCUAUUUAUGCCCCUUUGUUUUGUUUUGCAUUUGAAAAUACUCAUUUUGUUUGCUAAUGUUGUUUUAUAAUGUUCAUGUUUUUUAAAAGUUAAGAUUUGAUUGUAUAAUCUGCAAAGCAGUGGCCAUCCAUAUUGAUCGUCUAAUCUGGUUACCAAACUUUGUAAUAACCCAUCUUCUAAAAUAAGGGAGGUAACUGGUUUACCUUUGUCUGUUCAUCACAUAUCAGUGACAUAAGGCCACACUUAAAAAUAUUUUGGUUUGCCCAAACCCUACCCAAAAGUUGAGACAGUGGGUAGGUAGGUAGGCAUUUUCUUUUUUUUUUUCAAAAUAAGAAAUUGAAGUAUCAGAUGUUUAUUAGUCUUCAUGCCUAUUUGGUUAAAAAAAAACUUCUUCAAAUCAGGACAAAAAAAGAAUUUGAGUAGGCAGCUAUUUUCUGGGUAGGUAGGUAGCAUUUGGGCAAACAUACCUAUUAUUUAUUAUGGCCUAGCUUAAUCUGGAUGUUCAGUAGCUUACAGUAUAUCUGAUUAGUUCUGCACAAUAAACAAUCACAAUCUGCACUCAUUCUUGUAUGUAUUAAAGUCAGGUUAAGCAGCUUCAAUUUUGAUUUUUACUCUUUGGUAAUUUGAGUUUUCUUUUUCAAAUCCCAUCAUUUUGAACAUGAAAGUGUGUUAUUAAUUGAUUUUGUAUGGCUGUUAAAUUUAGAUAUCUUUGACCCUUGUUUUCAAUUUAUUACUCCUAUUUAAAUAUUAAACUCAGGAAAAAAAGCUUUUGUAUUUUUACAACAUUUGAAACUAAACAUAGAUCUUCUUACACAAGGCCAGUUAAUUUUUGUUCGUUGUGACUUUUCACCUUAAGAAUCGAUCUUGAUAUAAAAAUGAAAAUGAAUUAAAAAAAUAUAAUAUUUUCAUGUAAUUUUCAAAUUUAUUAUUAUACAUUGUUAGUGAUGAGCAUACUUUAUUUAUAUCACAACAAAAAAACACUGCCUGAUGGCUGAUAUUCUAAAAUUAUAUUGUAUACAAUAUAUUGAUCUGAAAUUGGAUAAUUAAAUAAAACUAAUGUGAGGAUCACCCAACCAAACUUUAUUCAUACACCAAAUAUGUAUCAAAGCUUUGAUUAUAAAGUAUUCUAUUUCAUUUAGUUCUUUCAAAGUCUAAAUUAAACAAUUGUAAGUUAACAUAAGUUGUAACAUUUAAUUUUUAAAAUUUCCAGGGACACCAAAUUUUUACAAUUUUUACAAUAGCUGUUAUUAAUUAAUGGUCUGGAACAAAAAACUUAGAUAUUUAUUUAGAACAAAACAGAAAUCCUUUUUAUAUGCAUGUUAUCGUCUUUGUGCUAUAUUUAUUUAUGUAACUUUGUUUAGAUAUGUCCGUGUUGGUAUUUUAGAAUAAAAUGUUGAAUUAU